AUGGUCGAGGCCAAGCAAUGCUCCCGCUGUCUCGUCCCCCAGUCAUCGCAGAGCUUCUGUUUGGAGUCGGUAGACGGCAGCAGGAGGAGAAAAACAGCACGGCCUUGGCGGGAAACAACAAUGACACCGGAGAUUGAUCAACAUGUUGCCAACCAAUAUCAUCAGUCUUUGACUUACAGGCAAUUACUCAUAAUAUGGCACCCAGUAUCAGUCACAUGGCUCAGAGAUUGCACCUGA